GUCAGCUUUCAUUUUGUUUCUGCAGCAGAACUUGUUUUUAAAUGAAACUUGAUGAUUAUCUAAUGAGGGAAUGAAGUGAUGAUUUGACAUAUUUGGGUUUCAUGACAGAAAUAUUACAACUUCAGGUAACUGUGAUAACAUCGCCUGCCAAACUUUAAUUUCAGGUUUUGUAGGUGCCGUUAUCUCCUCAGGACAUAUUUAUAACUUAUGAUUUUCUCAAAGUAUGAAGGGUGUUCUUAAAAGAAGUAUCAGUCAAGUUCUCUCCUCUGCAAACGGUAGCUGAAGCAGAUAAUGUGCUGCUGAACUUCCUGUUGAUGCAGAGGACACCGAUGUGAGAGGAUCAAUAUCUCCUAAAGAGCCUCGACGAGCUAAACCCGUAACUGGAGUGUUUUCCUGUCGGCAGAAUCGACAGCCGGAGCCCGAGUCACCAGAGUUUUUGCCGAGGAGGAGUCGGAUCAGUUGAUGUGCGGCAGGGAAAGAGGAAGUGAGACUCCAGACACUCAGCUGCAACGGAAGUGAAGCGAAGUGAAGGAGAAAAAAGCAGAAGAGAAAAUGAUCAGGUGAUGGAUUUAGCGAGUGAAGGGACGCCAACUCAGCUGCACCACCUCUGAUGGUUUAAGUGCUGAGGAACCUGUGUAGGAACAUGUGGAACCUCAGGCCUGCAGCUGGAACCCCUCAGAUAAAGUUUCCUCUGCAGGUGACGGAGCGGAGCUGCAGGUUUCUCAUCACCGCUGUUAACAUCUCAUUUCUCCACAUCAUCACCGCUGAUUGAUGAGCGCUGACUCCCCGGCUCCCUCACCUACCCCCGGCGCUCCUCCCUGCCUAUCCCUCCCCUCCCUCUCUCUACCACACUAUGCAUCCAGACGGACAGGCUACACGACCCCCCUCCCCCUCUUCCAUCAUUUUCCCAUCUCUUACUCACUCUCUUCCCUACAACAAACAUGGCCGCGAAAUCUGAUGGUGCACCCGUCUCCGAGCGCAACGAGAUCCCACCCGAGUGUCCCUCCAGGUCGGACCCGCGGCCGGCCCGGCGCCGCCUCGCCGAGCAGCGCUACUCGCUGCCGGACUGCUGCUGGACGCUGUGCGCCCUUUUGGUCUUCUUCUCGGACGGGGCCUCAGACCUGUGGCUGGCGGCGGACUACUACCUAAGGAGGGACUACUGGUGCUUUGCUCUGACUCUGGUCUUUGUGAUAGUCCCGUCCGUGGUGGUGCAGAUUCUGAGCUUCCGAUGGUUCGCCUACGAUUUCUCGGAAACCGUCGACAGCGGCACGGCGGCGGCCGUGGUGGCGGCGUCGGGCGCGGAGGAGCGGGACUUCAGCACCAAGGACAGCGGCGAGCGGGGCGCUGGCUGCACCGGGGCGGAGGCGCUGCCGGGGCCGGGAUCCACGGGAGGAGCCCGGGGCUGCUGCAGGGUCCUCGUGUGGAUCCUCCAGGCCAUCAUUCAUACCUUUCAGCUGGCACAGGUCUGGAGGUAUGUCCACGCCUUGUAUUUGGGCGUGCAGAGCCGCUGGCACGGGGACCCGGAGCGUCGUCACUACUACUGGCGCAUGAUGUUUGAGAGCGCCGACAUCAGCAUGCUGCGCCUGCUGGAGUCCUUCCUGAAGAGCGCCCCUCAGCUGGUGCUGCAGCUCAGCAUCAUGAUCCAGGCCACUCAGGUGCUGCCGCUUCAGGGGCUUUCAGCUUCUGCCUCACUGAUGUCCCUCGCCUGGAUGAUCUCCUCCUAUCAGAAAGUCCUGAGAGACUCCCGAGACGAUAAGCUACCCAUGGCCUACAAGGCCGUCAUCGUUCAGAUUCUGUGGCACCUGUUCACCAUCGGGGCCCGCACUCUGGCCUUCGCCCUGUUCGCCUCCGUGUUCCAGCUCUACUUUGGCAUCUUCAUCGUGGCCCACUGGUGCAUCAUGACCUUCUGGAUCAUUCAAGGCGAGACGGACUUCUGUAUGUCCAAGUGGGAGGAGAUCAUCUACAACAUGAUGGUGGGCAUCGUGUAUGUUUUCUGCUGGUUCAGCGUGAGAGAGGGGCGCACUCGCUGCCGGAUGCUCAUCUACAGUCUGACUGUGUUCGUGGAGAACGUGGCGCUCACCACUGCCUGGUACCUGUACCGCGGGAAUCGUACCUCAGACUUCUACGCCGUCACCAUGGUGUGUGUGGUGGCCAGCAGCUACGCUCUGGGCACCUUCUUCAUGUUUGUGUAUUACUGUCUGCUGCACCCUGACGGCCCAGUCUCCGGAUGGGGCUACAUCGUAGAGAAGGAGGUGCCUGUGGAGUUGCUGGCCUCACCGGCCACCAGCCUCCCCCCUGACUUGGUGAGCAGCCCCCCCAGGACCCUUCAGAGAACUAAAGGCUCAGACAGAGAGCAGGGGCCUGGGGUGGAUGGAGACGUCUUUCAGGUUCGACCGCCUCGAGGAGCUCAGGUGCCAGCGCAACACCUCACACCCAGAACAGAGGGGCCUGUCAUCCGGAUAGACCUUCCCAGGAAGAAGUACCCGGCCUGGGACGCUCACUUCAUCGACCGCCGGCUGCGUAAAACCAUCCUGGUGCUGGAAAGCGCUGCCCCAGUCACACCGAGGAUUCAGUACCGCUGUCUGGGCACACCCAAAGAAGUGAUGGAGUUCGAGACCACCGUGUGAUGUGCUGAAGGUGCUGUGACUCAGCUCGCUGCCAUGUGGACAUCCUGCCUUAACUAAAAGUGGCAGGGGCAUGACUCUCACUGAGCAGUCUGUUUCAGCUCCACGCCGACUUGACCACUCUCUGUACUGUCGGGAAGUGGAGACAAAGAGAGGGACGGAGUGCGGUGGCUUUAUUUAUUACAAAAGGCAGAACCCUGUGAUGAUGUUGUCUACUGAUGGUGCAUAUUUUAGUUUCUGUAUCAUUUCUCAGGUCAGGAAGUGGUACAGGAAGAGCUUGGCGGCAGAGCUCGCCGUCCGGUGAACGAAGAGAGGAGCCCGUGCGAGCGGAGAAGUGGAGCUGUGUGACGAUCAAUCAGAGGCAGCACGUCCUCGUCAGUGGAGGUGUUUCUGCUCCUCCUCUCCGGGCGGGGCGUCCACCACAGAGGCAAGCCUUCAACAUGCAUGACUACUUAUGGCAGCUAGAAUCGAAACAUCACCCAACCCCAUGGAGAGCGGAGGCAUUUAGAGAUGUUUUAAACACAAACCUACAAUAAACACAACACAGGACCCGAUCGCCAUAAUCAUUAUUUUCCAUAGAUAUUCACUCAUGUUGAAGGAGUCUCUGAAAAAUGCUGCUUCAAAUCUGACGGGCAGUUUAAAGGCAACAUCUGAGUUGAAUGUAAAAACAGUUAAAAAUGUGAUAUUUGUGACAAGGCUUCAAGCAUUUUCAUGCUGUUAGUGGGAUUUACAACAUUCCUGUGGUAUUAUAAUAGAUAUAUCACUUGUUUUUGAGGUAAGCUAGAACAAAAAAAAAGAGGUUUGUGUGUGUUUACAAGUGAUCUGUUGUUUUUGGGACAUGCCGUCACUAUUAUUCUGACCAGACGCACCUUCAUCCAGAAUGUGUAUGCACCAGAUACAAUAGCUACAAAAAGAUUUCCAUUACAUUCGCAGGAUGUAUUCUACAGAGGGGACUCAACACAGUUGUAUUUUCAUACUGCACACGUUCAUUUCCAUGUAAAUCAAAGUGUACAAUGAUGUGGACGUUACCGAGGGACAGCACAGUCUGUGGUUGUACUUUGUUGUCAGAAAAAAAUAUAUGUAAAAUUAGAAUUAGCCACAGACUCCAGACUCCGAACAGAAUAGCUCUGAUAUUAUUGAUAGAACAGGCAUGUGAUACUUUUGGUAAGACUUCGAUUUACAGGUUUGCUAUUUUGUCAUAUUUUCCUCAAAAGUUUCCAAGAAAGAAAAAAGUGAUCUGAUGUGAGCUUUAGAGAAAACAGAGAAGUUGUUGAUUCCAGAUUCCAGAUAUUUCAAUUGCUGCUCCGUGUAAACCCAAGAUACGUUUUUAUUGAUUAUUGGAAUCUUUGUUCUUUGCAAUUCUUUGCAUGGUCAGCUGAAAAAAGAGUCGCAGGAACUUAUUAAAUUGAAAUUAGAAUUGAAAAUAAUUGAUUAGCUUAUUGACAGAAAUAUUAUCUGCAACUAUUUUGAUCAUCGCUUAAUCAUUUCAAUAAUUUUUCAAACAAAAACAAUGAAACAACUUCUAAAUACCUGCAGACGUCAGACUCUCAAAAGAAAAGUUUUGCUGCGUUUCUUUGUCUUAUAUUUUAUAAACUGAAUAUUUGAGCAUUUGGGGAAUUGACUAUGUGGUAAUUUGCCUGUUUAAUAAUGUCUGCGCUCAUCUAUAAAUACAAUUACAUAGAAAAAGUUCUUUCCAGGAAGCUUUUAAGAAAAUAACAAGGAAUUUAUGGACCCGUAACAAGUUCUGAUUUCAUCAGGGUUGCUCUUUUAUAGAAUAGUCACAAGUGAAACGUUUCUGAACUGCAUUUGUGUGCGUGCGUGUGUCUGUGUGUGUUUGUGUGUAUGUGUGUGUGAGCUCACAUACAAGCAUGUGUAUGAGUGUAUGUGGAUGAGGGGGAGGGGCUUUUUGAAUUUAAUUUGAAAUAGUGUCGCUGAGACGCGACAGUUUUGUUGUAAACACUGUCGGCUCCUCUUCCCCCCCAGAUGACACAGAAAUAAAGUACUGGCCCACUGAGCAACUUUACCACACCUGUGUCAGGACCAAAGCCUCAGAGGCUUCACAUUGAUGGUGCUAACGGUUCUGAGGCCAUCAAGUAACAACCACAUUACAGAUGAGCUUGUCGUGGCAGGAGCUGAGCUGAGGCUGUACCUCAAACAUAAAGCUAGAAUCAAAAAGCCUUAAACUGGUCGUACCAGACUGUUGCUGUUCAGAGCAAGAAAAAAACCCCACAAGUGAUCAAGAAGGUGAAGACAAUUUCAUUAUGUUGUUGUUGCUACAAUAAAGAACAAUGUGUUUAUCUGA